UUAUAUACUUGCCGCAGUUAGUAUGAAACCAUCGUUGAUGCGACUGGUUUGACCUGCUGCGUUAGAUAUCGUUUUAACGCUGCAACUGCGAAUUCGGAAUAACGUGAUUUUUUUACAGUGCAUUUCAUGAUAAACUAGUUUCGCUGACGGUAGCAAAUAGGAGAUACGCAGUUAUUAGUGGCAUGUCAACCGCGAGCUACGUCGUACUUGCAGACAGGCAAUUAUGGAUCGUUGGCUUGGUAAAACCGCAGUCGUUACCGGCGCUGCAUCCGGCAUCGGCGAAGCAAUUACACGUGCUCUUCUGCAAAACGGAGUGAACGUGGCUGCUCUGGAUGUCCAGAAAGAAAGAUUAGCAAAACUCGAUGCGGAAUGUAAGCGAGAAGGUUUUCCGGGCACGUUACACGCUAUAUACUGUGAUAUAACUCGCGAGGACGAGAUCGAUGAAGCAUUCUCGCACAUUGAGACAUUAGGUGGUGUGGACAUUAUGGUCAACAAUGCUGGCGUUUGCGAAUAUUCACGAGUCAUAGAGAGCGACAGGAAGGCAUUUGAAAGACUGUUAAAUAUUAAUGUCCUCGCAGUUGCUGUGUGUAUCAACAGAGCAGUGCGUUCGAUGCGCGAACGUAAUGUCGAAGGACAUGUUUUCAAUAUCAACAGUGUUCUGGGCCAUUACAUACCGUUCAAUGUUGAUUUGUGUUUUAAUCUGUAUCCUGCUACUAAGCACGGAUCUGUUGCUCUGACUCACGUAGUGCGACAAGAAUUAGCGGAAAUUAAGGCUUCUAUUCGAAUUACUAGCAUCAGUCCUGGUAUUGUAAAAACGAAUAUAAGUGCACAUUUCGAGGCAAUAGAAGACCUCGAAAAAACACCAGCUCUUAAUCCAAUGGACAUAGCGGAUGCGCUCAUUUAUGCUCUUGGGACGCGACCGGAAGUUCAGAUUACGGAGCUUACCAUCCAGCAUACCGGCGAGCUUCCAUAAAGAAUAUCUUCAGUAAGAUACCCGUUUUUUAGUGUGUCCGUUUAAUACAACAACAACUUUACAAGAAACAACUUUACAUUAAUAAUAAAGUACUCGGGGUUCCAACCAAAGACUAAGCUUUUAAGUUGCUUUGCAUUUUUGAUAUGAAUAUAAAAUUUUUACAUCUGAGUUGUUCUUUCUACCGUAAUACUGUUUAUAUUUUACUUAAUAGCUUCGCUAAUAAAUGUAAUUUUCUUUAAUGCACGUUCAAUUGAAGCUACUUAAUGAUAAAAAUAAAUGAUGUAAUGAGAUCUGAGACAAGAGAGGAUUUUUAUCUCGUUUUUAUCGUACAUAUGUUUCAUAUGAAUACACAAAAAAUGACAUCGUAAAGAUAUUCUUCGUGUAUUUUACAACGCAAUGUAUACUCGAAAUUUAUGGCCACUAUAUUAUAUCAGAAGACAAAUAUCGCCAAU